AGGGGGAGUUCUGCAGGGUCCAAACUACACGGGAACUAACUGCGCAUCACAAACUCCGCAGACCUGCGCAACUUUCUACCCAGCUCACUUUGUUUUUGUUUUGUUUUUUUUUUUGUUUUUUUAGUUUUUUUUUUUUUUUAAACUUCUUUUGAAUUUUUUUAUUUUUUAUUUUUUUGUCGCUGCAAAGAUGACCACAGCCGUGGUAUCGCCUUUCUUCGACUUUGAAGUAAUGAACAAGAAUAACAAGCUGCUCAGCUAUAACAACAACCUGGGUGCCCCUCAUCCCAUGUCUGCCCCUUGCACUGGUGCAAACGUGCCCAUCUCCAGCCCCACCGGAGCCCUGCUGGACAGGAAGGCGGUGGGAUCUCCCUCGGUGGGAGGUGUGUACCAGCGGCGGCACUCGGUCAGCAGCACCAAGUUCAGCCAGAACCAGUUUCUGAACAGUCUGAAGGCAGCGGACCACUCCUCACUCAUCUCAGGGGUUGGCAGUGCCAGCAACAAGGAGAACCGCCUGCGAGACCGCUCCUUCUCUGAGACGGGUGAAAGGCUCCUGAACAAGUGCCUGGGCCCUGCCAGUCCCACCGGCGGCAGCAGCCAAGUUAACUCCAGCCGUUAUAAGACGGAGCUUUGCAGGCCCUUCGAGGAGAACGGUUCCUGCAAGUAUGGCGACAAAUGCCAGUUUGCGCACGGAAUCCAUGAAUUGCGCAGCCUGAGCCGCCAUCCAAAAUACAAAACUGAGCUGUGCCGCACCUUCCACACCAUCGGUUUCUGCCCAUAUGGGCCUCGCUGCCAUUUCAUUCAUAAUGCUGAGGAGCGCCGUGGACCUCCCCAGCAGUCUUCCCCUCUAAACUCUUCCAACAAGAUUGAGAGGCCUCGACUGCAGCACAGCUACAGCUUUGCAGGCUUCUCCAGCUCAGCCGGGCUGAGGGACAGCCCCACUUCGGUCACCCCUCCACCCAUGUUCUUCCCUGAUGAGAUCCCUGACUGGCCCAGCAGUAACCCCUUCACCUACUCCAGCCAGGAGCUGGCCAACCUGUUUGGGCCUAGCCUCGGUGCCGGUCCUGUAGGCACGGAGCCCAACACCCCUGCACCCCCCUCUCCAACAAGCACACCUUACUAUUUCAGACCCAUGUUGGAGUCCCCUCAGAUGUUCGAGUCUCCAUCCAGCCCCCCUGACUCUUUGUCAGACCAAGAGGGCUACCAGAGCAGCUCUGGAGGCAGCCUGAGCGGUUCAGAGUCCCCCACGCUGGACACCACCCGUCGCCUUCCCAUCUUCAGCCGCCUCUCUAUCUCUGAUGACUAGACUGCACAUAUCCACCAGUGACUUUUUACUUUUGACACAAAGAGAACACGGCACUCCCCUCUACCUCUGCCUCUGUCCACUUCCCUGUCCUCCCUUCACCAAGACACCGUGUUAGUUCCUUGUUAGCAAUAUAUGGUGGAUGUAGUCAAUUAAGGGAACUCUGUCAAUUUAAACGAUCAUUUCAUCCCUGUUAAUCUGCACAUCAGGUCUGAAAAGCACCCUGCCAUGUGUCAUAGUGCCAAAAAGAGAGGAAAUUGAACAAUGAAAAUCAUGAGAACAAAAAUUGACUGUUUUUUCCAGGUGCCACUUGUUUUUUUUGUUUUUUUUUCUUUCUUCAUUUGUUCUUGAAUGUGUAGCAGCACAAGUGGCCUUGGAUAGGGGAGUGCAUUGCACUAGACCCCAACCCCCCUUCCUUCUGCCCACCCCUCCUCCUCCUCUUCAUUGACGAUACCACUUCCCCCAAACUAGAGAGAGGGCGCUCACUAACGUAAGUGUAGAUCUACCACAGCCGUUUUUUACAGACUGAGUUGAGACAAAAGGAGGAAAAAAAGACAGAUCCUGAAAUGAUAUGAAUAGUUUAAAAAAAGAAUAAAGUGGCUGGGUGGUUUUCUGCAUGUGCUUAGGGUGAAUGGACUACUGUUUGUUUUCAGUUCUUUCUCAUUUGUCCCCCCCUUCACGGUUCCUUUCAAGCCCUGUCUUAUGUAAUUGUGGACUGGGUGAGUCUGCAGGAAGGACUUUGAACUGGAAGUUGGUUAUGCCCCUCCCCGUUGAGUUUUUGCCUCCUGUUGCUGGUCACUGGCUCUUUUUUUGGGAAGGUAGUCUUGAUAUCAAACUGAUCAUAAAACCUGUCAGACUUUAUCCCACUUCUCACCCCCCCGUACCCCUCCCCCACCACCGCCUCCUCCUCCCUCAUCCUCACCGAUCUGCAGGCAGUGGGGAAUUCCAGCAUUCCCAUGGUGCACUUGUACAUCCUGCAACUUGAUGAGAUCGGAUCUCCAAGCUAUUUUACUUUACCCCCCACUUUAAACCUGCUCUGAGGAGCACUCUAUACUCAUUACAUCCCUUUUUUGCUUUCUUUAUUUGAUAAUUAUUUUUUAUUAAUGUUAUUAUUACGGUUAUUAUUAUUGUUUGAAAACUUUCCAGACAGAAGGUUUGCUUGUCACUGCUUAUUUAACUUAUCAGAACAUAUUUAUUGGUGAUCAUAUGCAUUUUUUGUUAAUUUUGUUUUGUAUUUAUCUGGAUAAUGAGCAAUAGAAUAUAUUUUCUUUUAUGUUAAAUUAUGAUCUUCCAUAUUAAUCUAAAGAUUGUGAAGACGUUUUUGUCAGUUUUCCUUUUUUCACAGUUUAAUAUAUUGUACUUCAAUGACUUUUGUUCUGCAACUACACUUUGUCAAAAAUGAACUUAAUUUAAAGCAAAAAAUGCAAAAAAAGAUGUUUUGCGUUUUGAUUAUUUAUUGUACUUUUUUUUUUUUUUUCUUACUCCCUCUCAUUGGACUGCAAUUCCAUCGAAACUAGGUUUGCUUGUAUUCAUUCCUGAUAAUUUCCCUUCUUUUUUUUUUUUGUCUUUUUUUUUUUUUUUUUCUAUAAAUCUGACAAGUAACAGUAGCUAACUGUUAUCACAGCAAUUCAGCUUUUUUCCCCCCUCCUUCAGAUUUUUU